AUGUUCGUCGAUAUACUUGGUCGAAUACAACAAUGGAGCGGUUUGGUUCAAAACAAAUUGGAUAUUUGUAACAAUGAAAUUGAAACAUUGCGUGAAGAAUUAAUAGCACGAGCUUGUGAAAUCGAAAAUCUAAAAAAUUUAUUGGGAGAAUGUGAAAAAGAACGUGCAGCCGCUUUAAUUCAAGCGGCUAAAGCACAAGAAGAAGCAAUUCAAAUUGAAAAAAUAGAAAUUAUUUGCACGGAUGCAGCUAUUCAAUCAAUUUUGAAAGACAAAGAAAAAAGACGAGAAAUUGAACUUGAAGGUGAAAUAGCAAGACUCCGCAAAGAAAAUGAACGUAUUAUAAAAGAACGUGCUGAAUAUGAGAAUGCGAUACAACGAGCAUUACUUCGAGGUGUUUCAUCUUUGAAUGUCGAAGCAUUGAAAGUUUUACGUUGUCCACCAAUUCCAUGUUGUACUCCUUGUGCACCUUGUCCUGCUUCUGCUAUAGAAUCGGUUGUACCAUGUGCCAAGAAAGGCACUGCGUCAACUGGGAUCGCUAAAAAUUGCGGCACUAAACGUAUCGGUAACGGAAGUACCGUUCAUGAAGAAAAUUGCACUGUGAAACGACCUUGCGCCAGUCCUUGUUGUUCUGCUGGAAAAAGUCGACAAUCUGCAAUGAACAAUAGUACGAUAUUUCUUCUUCAUCAGGGAGAUACAGAAAAUAUUUGUGGAUCAAAUAAUGUUUCAGUGCCAAUUUGCGGUUCUCCAGUUAUGAAAAAAAUUGAAAUACCUCCAUGUCCUAGAUUUACUAUAUGAUAAGAUUUCUUUUUAUAUCAUUAAAAUUAGCUAUUUAUUUAAUUUCGUUAAUGUUAUCCGCGAAGUUUUAUGCAUACAUUGCAAUAUAAAUGAUUUAUAUUGUAUUUAUGUUUUCUAAAUAUGAUGUGAUAAUAUAUAAUAUAAAAAGGUAAAUUCAUUCAAAGUAUGCAUUUAUGAAUUAAA